CCGCAGUACGUACGCAGCAAUCGAGACAAUCUGGAAGGAGACAUUUCCUCAACUCUUCGGUCCACCACCCACCCGAACUCCCGAAUUUCCUCCCAAAAUACCGCCAAACUCUCCCCUCCCCUCCCCUCCCCCGAUUUCCACGAUCAAAAACCCCAACAAUGGCACCCAAGCGAACCGCCUCCUCCCAAAAAGCAGCACCUGCUGCUGCCGCGCCCGCAGUCCACCACCCCGAGCCGCCCACCUCGCCCGCGGGACCGACCGCCGCCGCCGCGAUCCCGGGCACAAUGACCUCGCAGCCCAAGGCCGUACCCAUCACCAUGACCCCCAAGAGCACCGGCAGCGGCAGCGGCGCCCAGAACUGGGACCAGGUCCUGGCCAACAUUUACAACCACUACGUCAAGAGCACGCCGCAGCGCACCAAGCUGAUUGACGUCUUCAUGGCAUUCUUGGUCGUUGUUGGCGCGCUGCAGUUCCUGUACUGCGUGGUUGCUGGAAACUACGUAUGUCUUUUCUUAUAUCUUACCCUCUCAAUUGGUUGGAGGAUUCUUGCCUCUUGGAAAUCACAGAUGGGGAUUAUUUGCACAGUUAUGGCUGAAGGAACCUUGGUGGAUCAUCACAUGGAAACCUACGGACGAACAAUUGCUAACGUCAUGAUGCGAAAUAGCCCUUCAACGCCUUCCUCUCUGGUUUCUCUGCCACCGUCGGCCAAUUCGUUCUCACUGCAUCCUUGCGCAUCCAGACCACCGAGGCCAACAAGUCCGACUUCCCCUCCGUAUCACCUGAGAGAGCUUUUGCCGACUACGUCGCAUGCAGUCUGAUUCUGCACUUCUUCUGCGUCAACUUCAUAAACUAAGAGCACGUACCAGAUGAAAGGAACAGGAGACGAGUUUUUGAUCUUCCAGUCAGGACAAGAAAGGGGGGUGUUGGUCCCCAAGGCCAAAGACUGAGGUUCGAUGCAGGGGGUGGAUAGACCAAUUGGUGGUGAAGCAUCAAAGCUACAACACCACAAUCGCAUGAGCAUGCGGAACGAACAAAGCAAUGUACAUUAUUUGAGCAGGCGUUGCAUCACAGCACGGUAGAUGUCUAAGAGAAGAAAAAAAGUGCAAUUCUGGGAA